AUGCUGGCUGAGCCGUAUGGCAAUCCGUACCUGGCGCGUGAUGCACCGAAACUGCGAACUGCGUGUGAGAACUGCCGACAAUCCAAGGUGAAGUGUAACUUAUCCGGCAAGAACGCCUGCACCCGGUGUCUACGCCACGGCCUGCAGUGUCAGUACGGAUUCGCCAACCGGUCCGGCAAGCCGAAGGGCAGCAAAAACCGAGCCACGCUCCGGAAAUUGGGUCAGCUUCAGGAAGAAAAGUCGGGUUGUAGAUUCCGUUCGGGACGAGGGUCUGGGCCGGUGGCUGAUAUGGAGCCACUCGUUCCAACGGUCUAUACGGGCCGAUUUUCUGAGCCGCUCGACGAUGAUGUGUGUUUGAUGUCAGGCCAGUCGGGGUUGUGGGAAAGCUCACGAAGCUUCGACAGUGCCGCAACGCUCGAGACAUCUCUCUGCCCUGGGCAACUGAGGCCCGAGACGCUACAGAGGCUGGAUGGCUCAGCGUUAGCCGAUGUCAUGGAUCCCAGCUGCGCAUCUCCCCCUGCUGGAUUUGAAUAUCCCAAUACCCCUGCCACGCCCACGUUCUUAUCCCAAAGUUCCAUGACUGCCAAAACUUCUGGUCUGUCACUGGUGGACUCAAUUUCCUCUUCCUAUCUCCAGCCACCAUGCGAGUGCGUGGAAAGGCACCUGUUCCACAUGGACCGGCUCAGCCAUCUGGUCGCUCAGCCGGUUCCGCUGCGAUUCGACCACAGCCUGCAGGCUAUCAGGACCUCUUUCUAUGCUUGCCAAAUGUUCUUGCAGUGCAGCAAGUGCGCCAAAGAUAGCUCGAAUUUACUCCUGACGAUCUCGGCCCUCAAUCUCACGUUACAGUUGUUCGAGUAUUGGGUGUCGCAGGAGACAUCUCGGACCUCGCGGCCGGACAGCGGACCCGGUCUUCGCUAUGGAUACUAUGAGAUCGGCUAUGAAGAGAACCGGCAGAUCCGCAAAUUUCUCAUCCGGGGCCUAUUACUGCAAUGCCGGAGUGUACUAUCAGCGUUGAAGGUCGCCAUCAACUCAGCCUCUCUUUUAUCACCAAAGACGGUCGAUGGUGAGAGAUCUACCGGGCCGACAACAACCGAGGACCGCAUCGGCUGGAUGUCAUUUGGUGCAACAGUCCCGGAUCUGGACCCCGAUUUUCUGAACAGCACCCCUGGUAGCAGCUGUCUCUUGUCCAUAGUCGUGGGCUAUGAAGCAACGGUGGAGGCAUUUUUGUAUUCGAUGUCGUCGGCAGAUUGUAUCUGUGGUGGCAUGAGAAGGUAA